GCUGGGUGAGCUAUAUCUAGGUCAUCUGGUAGGGAUACUGGUAACGCUGCUUGUCAACUUGGAGGAAGCAACCCGCUUUUGGUCGAAAAUAAGACGCAAAAUGGAUGGCAGCAGUGGAGGAGGCGGUGGUGGUGGUGGCGGCGGUGGAGCCAACAGUGGUCCACCGAGCGUUGCACACGCUUCCUCGUCCUGCCUAAUGGCGACCGAUCCGGACAUUACCGCUUACCUAGCAAAUUAUCCACAGUAUUCCUCACGGCACAACACUGCACCCGGCAGCCGGACAAACGUCACUGGUGUCGGGAUGGUGAAUGGAAUAACCUCGACCGGCCGCUGGGAAACAACGACCACCAGUACAGCGAUACCACGCAAGAAAAGCUGGUCCGAGCUAAAAACCAUCGUUAACGAAACACGGCGCCAAAUGGCCAUGACGAUGGCCGUAUCCUUUCCGAUGAGCGUAAACUUUCGCACACUGUCCGAUGGGCGUUCGCGGGUUUACUUUCUUAGCCCACCACCGGCCAACGGUUGGGAUACGAUGCUGUUUUACGUGGAUGUCCCGAGUGGCCAGUCGAUGGCUGCCCAGUCCUACAAGGAUAAACACAAGCCGGAACCGGAGGAUAGUGAUAUCGAUGUGGACGAGAUGCAGUCCGGUACAACGCAAAAGCCUCACCUCGAGUGGCAUCAGCUGCUGGAGUCGGUGCUGGGGCAUCAUCCGUCGGCAGCUUCCCGUGAAGUGCAGCUAAUGCUCGAACGCAAGCGGCUCUCGAUCUGGGGUAUCACCUCGUACGAACUUCACAAGUCUAGUGGAAAAAUCGUGUUCCCUGCCUGCACCACACUUUACCAGUGUUUGGAUACGGGUUAUGAGGAAAAUACACUUUUCCCUUCGGAGCUUCGGUUUUCGCAGCGAGCGGCAGUGAUCGAUCCACAGAUAUGUCCACAAAACUCGGACCUGGUGGCGUUCGUGUGUAACGGGGACAUUUGGGUGGUGCACACGCACAGUGGCCAUAGCGAGCGGCUUACGUACGCACACGACGGGCGUCGUUCGUUCGCCGAGGAUCCACUGACGGCGGGCGUACCGUCGUACGUAAUGCAGGAAGAAUUUAGCCGGUACCAGGGAUUCUGGUGGCAACCGGAAAGUCACGACGAGAUCUACCGCAUCGUGUACGAGGAGGUAGACGAAAGUGACGUUAGUCUCUAUACUUUUCCCUCGUCGCAAUCGUCUGGCCGUGACUUCGAAGAGUAUCGUUUUCCUCGCGCUGGGACUCCGAAUGCGAAAUCAAAGCUAAAGUUAGUCCAAUUUCGGCUCUCGGAAAAUCUGCGCAUAACGGACAUUUGCAUCAAAGAGCUACAGUGUCCACUAACGUUCGCCUUCCCAUGGUUGGAGUAUAUCGUGCGAAUUGGUUGGACACCGGACUCGAAAUACAUUUGGGCACAAUUGCUCGAUCGUCCGCAGCAGCGACUGGAACUUGUACUACUUCCACUGGAUAACUUUUGCGAGAUCUACAGCAGCAGCUCCUCUUCACCGAACUGUGGAACGACAGCAGCAGCAGGUACGGGGACGGCCACUUCUGGUGCAAGCAGUAAUAGUAUAGGUGCUGGUGGAGCGUCGUAUGGUAGUUCACCCGGGCAGCAAAACUCCACUCAGCAACUACAUGCCCAUCACGCACACCCGCCAAGGAAGUCAUCGUCGGGCUGGCGCUCACCGCUAGACAAAUCGACGCGCCCACUGCAAGUGAUCUACUCGGAAACGUCCAGCAGCUGGGUGAACGUGCACGAUGUGUUACAGUUUGUCGAGAUGUCCGAGCAGGAGGUAACGUUCCUGUGGGCAUCGGAGGAAACUGGCUUUCGUCAUCUGUACUUGGUUACAUCUAGUCUUAUCCCAAACGGAUGCAAUAGUAGCAGCGGUAGUAGCAGUAGUGUUUACAGCAAUAGUUACAAUAGCCAUAGCGCAAAUCAUCACACCACAAACCUCAGCCACGUACAUCACAAGCACCACGGACAUGACGAAGCAAACAACGUAACCGUUCCAGCGACUGACCACUCACUUCCGUCGAUGGCUUGCAUUGGCAGUACGUUAAUACCACGGAUCGUCAACAAGCUGACGCUUACCGAGGGCAAAUGGGAAGUGUUGGGCCGUAAUGUGUGGUUCGACAGGUUGCGCCAGCUGGUGUACUUCAUGGCACUGCGGGAAACGCCCCUGGAGAAGCAUCUGUACGUGGUGAGCCUUGCGAAGCCAAAGCAGCUGCGAUUGCUUACUAUUCCCGGGUUUUCCUUUACCGUCGAGUUUAAUGACGAUUGUACACUGUUUCUACAAACGUACUGCAACAUAUCCACCCUGCCAUCGUGGGAAUUGAUACGAAUAAAACACGCUACGGACAGUAACAGCAAUGGCUGCAGCUUGCCAUCGGUUGAAACACUCGAGUUGAUCUCGGUGGGCUAUUUGGCUGAGGGCGGGCCCUCGGAAAAUACUCAGUACAACCCCUCCAUAUACAGCCCACAGAUCUCGACCGGGGACGUGCUAUAUGCGAUGGUGUUCAAACCACACAACUUCAUGCUGGGCGUCAAGUAUCCUACCGUGCUGAAUGUAUAUGGUGGACCGGAGGUGCAAACGGUUAGCAAUACGUUUAAGGGCAUGCGUCAGCUCCGGAUGCACAUGCUGGCAUCGCAGGGAUACUGCGUGAUCUGUGUGGAUUCUCGUGGCUCACGACAUCGAGGUGUCGAGUUUGAGUCCUACAUUCGGUGCCGAAUGGGCACGGUUGAGCUGGCUGAUCAGGUGGAAGUGUUACGGAUUUUGGCCGAUCAGCUAGGAUACAUCGAUAUGGACCGGGUAGCAAUACAUGGCUGGUCGUAUGGUGGUUAUUUAAGUCUGAUGGGACUGGUGCAAUAUCCGGAUAUAUUUAAAGUUUCAAUUGCGGGUGCACCUGUAACGAGCUGGGAAUACUACGAUACUGGAUACACCGAACGCUACAUGGAUUUGCCGGAUAGCAAUCGUUCCGGAUAUGCGGCAGGAUCAGUGCUCAACUACAUUCAAAAGUUUCCCGACGAAGAUAACCGCUUACUGAUCAUUCACGGUCUCAUUGACGAGAACGUACACUUCUACCAUACCUCACAGCUGGUCAGUCGGCUUGUCCGGGCGAACAAACCCUACCAGCUGCAGGUGUACCCGAACGAGCGCCAUUCGCUACGGAACCUGGAGGCCAGCAAGCAUUACGAGACAAAAUUGCUAUCCUUUCUGCAGAACCAUCUUUGAACCAACGAGCUGAACAAG